UCUCUCUAAUGCAAAAAAAAAUGUAGCACUUUGUGACUCUCACUCACUUUCUUCCACAUUUUCCCUUCUUCAAUUCCAAUUACAGAUUCAAUGAAAUCAAAACAUAAAGUUUCAACCAUGAUAAGACACGGUUUCAUACCUGACCCAACCAUCUCUUCCUUCUCACCUUCUAGAACCUUCUCUUCUCCAUCCCCAUCCCCAUCUCCACCACCAUCCACAAUUCGCCCGAGUCAAACUCAACCCCAAACUCAGUCACUGUUUGACAUGAUGUCAGAGGAUCAAAACCGCGACGCCAAAUUCUCCGACAAAAAGCGCCGGAAAAUGCAAUAUCGGGUGAAGAAGCUUCUAGAAGAUGCUUCGUUUAGCGGCGUCAAUGUGAAGCUGACGGUGGUCGGGAAGGAAGGGUUGAAGGUUUCGAUGGAAGUUCAGAAGAGCGUUUUGGUUGAUAAGAGUAGAUUCUUCGCGGAGAAGUUCAGAUGAGCGUUUUGGCUGAUAAGAGUAGAUUCUUAUGUGGAAGCUGUCGUUUUGAUGCAUUAUGUGGAUCUUAACCAGAGGUUGAGACUCAUCGGUGAAGCUUGUGAAUUGUGUACGAUGUUGCCGUUAAUUGCCAUCUUGCAACUCGCAUUUUGUUGUUGCAACUCAAUUGUCUUUAUUUCGGAGAAACGGCCUAGAGGACGCCCACCUGGAAGUGGAAGGAAACAACAACUAGCUGCUCUAGAUGGGCCAGCUGAAGAUCUAUAUGAAAUUUUCUACCUUUGUUCUCAUCAAUACAUUUGUUCUCUUUUCAAUGAUUAAAAGGAUGUUCCGAGUGUUUGGGCAUGACAGAGUUUGCGUAUUAGAUGGUGGCCUACCAGGAGAUUAAAAGGGUGCUGGAGGACCUGAUGAUGAAGAAAAUAGAUAGCCGCCAUGGUUGAAACCUCUACUGAAAGAGCGUUUCUUUGUUCAAUGUAAGAUGCACGCUGAUUCACAUAAGAGUGAGUGUAACAUGUACUGUUUGGAUUGUAUGAAUGGUGCUCUUUGUUCUCUGUGUCUCAAUUAUCAUAAAGAUCAUCGCGCUAUUCAGAUAAGGAGGUCUUCAUACCAUGAUGUGAUUAGGGUGAAUGAGAUUCAGAAGGUGUUGGACAUUUCCGGGGUUCAAACAUAUAUUAUCAACAGUGCUAGGGAUGUGUUCUUGAAUGAGAGACCUCUGCCAAGGCCCGGCAAAGGCGUCACCAACACUUGCGAAGUCUGCGAGCGCAUCCUUCUCGACUCGUUUCGAUUUUGUUCUCUUGGUUGCAAGCUAUGGUUAUUCAGAAAUGAACAUUCAACUUGCUGAUAUGAAUCUCAGAGCAAAAUCUCAGAGCAAAGUUGGGGAUUUCUUCUCAGAAUCCAACUAUUCCGGGAGAGGACGAAGCUAGUAGUCCACAAAUGAAAGUGAUCAAACAAAUGAAGAUGGAGUCGAUGAAUUAGAUGAAGAAGACCUUAGUAAUAAAUUCUAAUUUGUAUUAUUUUUCUUGUUGACUUGGUGUAUCUUUUUAACUUGGGUGGACAAAUGAUCAUUAGUAGCUUGGUUGUUUGAGUCAUUUUUAGUAAUGUGAUUAUGUAAGUACUUUUACUAACUUUGUAGCAUUUUUUAUAGUAACAAGUUGUUCUAUGAAUUUAUCUUAUUUAAA